AUGAGACGUCCCAUGAAACUCACAACCGCCCUCCCGCGGGAGCUCCGCACAGAACUCGGGAUAAGAGAUACAUACGGGGAGAAAAAAGAUAGGCGCAAUGGACCUGCGUCGCGAAAGGACCGCCGGAGAGAGGAGAGGAGUGGUGGGAGGAAGCCGCAGGUGCAGACGCAGCAUAGGCCGGUUUGGAAGAAUAAUGCGAGGCGAGAUGAGGACGAGGAUAUGUUGGACGAGGGCGAUGAAUCCGACGAAGCACCCCCUGCGAAGAAGUCGAAAGCCGCAAAGCCCGAACAGAAGCCCAAGUCGAUUUUGAAAAAGAGCAAGCCGGUCGAGGAAUCCGACGAGAGCGACAACGAUGACGACGAUAUCGACCUGGAUGAGGACGAAGACGAAGACGAGCCUGCACCCCGCAAAGUCUCCAAAGCCGUUCAGGACCAGUUACAAGAGGACGAUGCCGAAAUCGCCGCGCUGGAGAAGAGACUUGGGUUGAAGAAAGGGAAGAAACUUCCGCAGUCUUUUCAGGAUGAUGGGUUGGAUGAUUUGCUGGGUGAUUUGGGCGAAGGGGGGUCGGAGGAUGAAGGCAAGAAGCGCAAACGGGAGGCUGAUGAGUGGUUGCAGAGUAAGAGGAGAAAGGCUCAGGGGCUGCAGGCAGCUGAGUCGGAGGAGGAGGAUGAUGAUGAUGAUGAUGAGGAUGAUAGUGAUCUUGGGAACGAUGAGGAGGCGGAUUUGCUGGACGAGGACGACGAUGAAGAAAUGGAUGACGAGGCGGCCGAAGAUGGUGAGGAUAGCGAAUUCGGUGGGUUUGACGAGGAAGAGGAGAAGCCGGCUCCAAAGAAGAAAGAGAAUCCAUAUGUCGCCCCCGUCCCACAAGAGAGUCAACCGGGGAAAUACAUUCCUCCCUCACUUCGCGCUGCAUCCAAUUCCGAGGACGAGUCUCUUACACGUUUACGGCGACAGGCUCAAGGACAGCUAAACAAGCUGUCUGAAGCAAACUUGAUUUCCAUCCUGGCUGAGUUUGAAAAACUCUACCGCGAGUAUCCCCGACAGAACGUCACGUCUACACUCAUUUCGCUGUUGAUGGGUCUGAUUUGCGAGAGGUCGGCACUCCAGGAUACUUUCAUGAUUCUGCAUGCCGGUUUCAUCGCUGCCCUGUACAAAGUUAUGGGUAUGGACUUUGGCGCCGAGUUGGUCCAGAAGAUAGUCCAGUCUCUCGACGCACAAGGCGACGAGCGAGGCAAGUUCGAAGGAAAGGAACAUCUGAACCUGAUUUCGCUCAUCUCGCAACUGUACAAUUUUCAUGUCAUCGGACAUGCUCUGGUCUUUGACUACAUUCGCAUCUUCGUGCAAGAUAUCACAGAGGACAACACCGAGCUUCUCCUCAAGAUCAUCAGAAACUCCGGCCCCCAACUCCGACAAGACGACCCCUCCUCCCUAAAAGACAUCGUCCUCCUAAUCCAACCCGCCAUCGCCAAAGCUGGUGAACAAUCUCUCUCCGUCCGCACAAAAUUCAUGAUCGACAUCAUCACCGACCUCAAAAACAACAAAGUGAAAACCGUCGGCUCCAGCAUCUCCACCGAACACAUCACAAAAAUGCGCAAAAUCCUAGGGUCCCUAAACAACACCCGCGUAGUCCGCGCCUCAGAACCAAUCAACAUCUCCCGCGAGGACAUCCACAACUCUGCAAAGAAGGGUAAAUGGUGGCUCGUCGGCGCAAGCUGGCGCGAAGAUCCCCUCGAAACAGCACGAAAGGAACUCUCCUCCCUCCCCGGCCAACCCACCCAAACCCAAGCACAAGCACAAGAGGACGAAGACGAAAGCGACGCCGAACCCGACCUCGCGAGUAUCGCCAAGUCCCAGCGCAUGAACACCGACGUCCGCCGCUCGAUCUUCGUCGCUAUCAUGUCCGCAACAGACUUCCAAGAUGCACACGUGCGCUUGCUAAAACUCCGCCUCAAGCGCGCUCAGGAAUACGAAAUCCCCCGCGUCCUCACACACUGCAUCAUGGAAGAAGAAGUGUAUAACCCAUACUACACGCUCAUUGCGCGGCGCGUAUGCGGGGAUCUCGGCCGCAGGCUUAAAAUCUCAUUCAUGUACACACUAUGGAACAUCCUCCGAAGAAUGGGCGAAAAGGGCGACUUUGACGACGAAGACGGGAUGUCUGAAGACGAGGACGAGAGCGCACAGUUACCACUAAAAUCCAUCGUCAAUAUCGCAAAGAUGUAUGGCAGCCUUAUCGCUGAUAACACGCUAACAAUUGGCAUCCUCAAAACCCUCAACUUCGCAUACCUCCAACCAAAAGCAAAGACCUUCGUCGAACUCCUCAUCAUCAGCAUCAUCCAGAAUUCCCAAAAGGCCAAAAAGUCAAAGAAAUCUAAAUCCAAGUCCAAGUCCAAGAACGAAGACGACGAAGCACGGGACGAAAAAGCACUCAUGGACAUAUUCAUGCGCGUCCAAGAAACGCCGCAGAUAGCCAAGGGGCUUAUUUACUUUAUUCGCAAGGUCGUUGCGAAGACGGAUAUUGUGCCCUCCAAGGAGUUGAAGGAGGUAAAGUGGGGGUGUAAGGUUGCGUUGGAUGCGUUGAAGGUUGUUUCGAGUAAGGAUGGGGUUGUUGGUUAG